AUGUCUGGUUGUAAGCUGUUUUUAAUCCUCAGCAUAAUCGCUUGCCUCUCACAAGCUAAAGUGACAGUCACCUCCAUUGAAACUCUCGAUUUUGUCGAAGCUGAUGGAGAAAGUAAUGAUCUUUGCGCAGCAUGCUUCCAAUUUGCAGGAGCAGAUAUCAACGUCCUUCUCAACUACGUCCUAGACCACUACAUCAUUGGUAGCUGUGAAGAACUUUGUGGAAUCCUCCACACUGAACUCGAAAAAGUCUUCUGCAAUGUCCUUUGCGACUAUGUAGGAAUUAGAGCCUUCAUUGAAGCUUUGGUCUCUGCAGACUUAGACCCAAUUUAUUACUGCCAGUUAUUGGGGCAAUGCCCAGCAGUUGCAGGAGGUGCCGGAAAUAUUACUAGUAUUUCAAUUCUUCCUACCAAUGGUCCAGUUGGAACUACAUUUACAGUUACCAUGAACUUCAAUAUUACUCAGAGAACUGGAACUGGACAAAUUGGCAUGAACAUCACUGCUCCUGGCGAUUACGGACAAAACUGGAAUGAUUUCUUGAAUGAAGGAUUUAUGCCUGGACCAUAUAGCGUUCAAAUUUCAAUUGAUACAAGAGGAGACUUCGGAGAAUCGAACUACUGGCCGACUGGAAAUUAUUUAGUCCAGCUUUAUCUUUGCUCAGGAAUGUGCGGAUCUAACCACCCUCGUGCCUUUUUGAUAGACAGUGGUAACAGCACCUUAACUUUAACAUCGAAUUAA